AUGCAGCCACAGCGGUUCUACCCACUUUCCCUGAAUCCGAUUCCAUCGUUUACUUCUGCAUCCUCUUCUGUGACAAACGUCGACUCUCGCAGAAUGCAAACGUUCCAAAGUCAAUCAAUCUUUGGCUUUGACAACUCAAUUUUCAACACUGGAGCCGCGCAGGCUUUGGCCGAUAUUGAUGUGAAAAAUGUGAACACAAUGCUUAGACCGGACAUGUUUAGUAACUAUUUGAUGGGUCACGGAGAUGGAGCUUAUGGACUUCCCUCAGCGUCGGGUGAAGGAUUUGAAGCGGCCGCGCUUUUACCCGUCUCUUCUCAUGAACCACCCGAUGGAAUGGUCAAUUUACAACAGGUGAUGGCCAUGCAUCACUCUUAUCCAGCUCCUUUCCCCCAAUACCCGAUGCCAACUCCAUUUCCGACUUCUGUCGUUAAUCCCACUCCCACAUUGCCGCGAUAUCCCCUUGCUGCACCAAAUUCUGGCUUAGAAGUGGAAACAGAUCCGAGAGAGCUCGAGCGCUUUGCUGAACAUUUUAAACAACGAAGAAUCAAGCUUGGAGUUACACAGGCUGAUGUUGGAAAGGCUUUGGCACACUUAAAGAUGCCGGGUGUGGGCAGUUUAUCGCAAUCAACGAUUUGUCGAUUUGAGUCGCUCACUCUUUCUCACAAUAAUAUGGUGGCUCUUAAGCCGAUUCUUCACUCUUGGCUAGAAAAGGCUGAAGAGGCAAUGAAGGGAAAAGAUGGGACAGGUGAACUCUCGGGUAUCCUCCCGAAUACUGACAAGAAACGAAAACGUACAUCGAUUGCUGCCCCAGAGAAACGACUAUUGGAAGACUUUUUCAGACAACAACCCCGGCCAUCGGGCGAAAGAAUUGCGGCAAUCGCUGAUAAACUUGAUUUAAAGAAAAAUGUUGUUCGCGUUUGGUUUUGCAAUCAACGACAAAAACAAAAGCGCGAUUUUCGCUCUCAGUUUCGUUGCCGGGGUGGGGUGGCCGGGGGCUUGCCCUCCACCCUAUCAGCUCGGCCCCUCCUCCCCCCAACAUCGACCACCUCCCUCCUCCCAACAAAAUGCUCUCCUUUCACCGGCUACUUCGAAUCAACGUUUAGAGAA